AUGGUUGAUUAUUCGAAUGAAGUGAUGGGAUUGGCAAGGAAGCUGCUUGAAUUGGUUUCUGAAGCAUUGGGAUUGAACUCCGAUUACCUUAACAAUAUAGGUUGCUUGGAAGGUUUGCUGCUUCUGGGUCAUUUCUACCCGGCUUGUCCAGAACCGGAUUUGACAAUAGGAACUAGCAGCCAUUCUGACAGCAGCUUUCUCACUGUGCUUCUCCAAGACCAAAUUGGCGGUCUUCAGGUCUUUUAUGAUGAUCAGUGGGUUGAACUGAAGCCCACAGGGCCACAGCAAAUGCUCUUAUCUUUGGCAAUGGAACAUGCAGUUGAUCGUAACGAGGAAUUCAAAAGCUCUCAACACAGAGUAGUUGCUAAAUCAAUAGGCCCCAGGAUUUCAAUAGCCUGUUUCUUGAGACCGCAGCGGCUUCCUGAGAACUCCUCCCGAGUUUAUGGCCCGCUCAAGGAGCUGAUAUCGGAUGAGAAUCCCCCGGUUUACAGGGAGACUGCCCUGAAGGAAUUCAUUGAACAUUACUAUGCUAAAGGGCUUAAUGGGAUCUCUGCCCUGGAGCAUUUCAGACUCUUGAGUUCCAGGAAGAAGGCGGGUGCAUGA